CAACUCACACACGCAGAGAUACGCACUCAGACACACACACACUCACACACACACACACACCCAGGCUUCUACAGUCUGCCUCAUCCAGCCAGAAUGCGCUUGCCUUUCUCCAAACACCCCUCCUCUCGGAGGAGCUCUACCGCUUCCUGCUGUCCGGUGAUGGCGGGUUCCGCGGUCAUUUACUGCGUCACGUGCGAUCAGCCGCUCAGCAGCCGCUGCGUCAUUAACGGCGCGCACCGGGACCACCGGCUGAAGGACCUGAAGGAGGCCGUGCACGAUCAAGUGAAAAGAUUAAAUGACCUUUCCGGGAAGCUGACAUCCAAAGAAAGGAAGUUUGGCGACAUCACACCAAGGAUUGAAGCAGCAGAGCGCGAGCUCGAGGAGAUAUGCAACCGGACACAUGAGCUGCUUCAGCACGAGUACAGUACCCUGAUGAGUUUGAUCGAGCAGAAUCAGCAGCAGGCCUUUUUCAUCCUGAAUGUGCAGAAGGAAACAAUAAAGCGGCAACUCCAGCAGCUGCACGAGGACACACAGAACUACCAGAGCAAGUCCACAGCCAUGGCCGAGGACAUAAAACAGCUCAGCAGCAGAGAGGAGAGCGACAACCCAGCCAGCCUGCUGGGAGAGAUCAGCGCACUUGAGACCAGCUUGCACACGAUGAACGAGUUUUACUCCUCUGUGGACAAGAAGCUGAAAGUCGAUGACACAAGACUGAAAGCUCUGGAAAACUCCAUUAAGAAAAUCGUGGACAAAAACAGAGACCUUCUGCCACGGCCAUGGGAAUUCUCGGAGACCAUCACUCUGGAUCAGAAUAAAAAUCAAGGCAAUGUCCAGAUCUCAGAGGACAAGAUGGAGAUGUCAGUGAGCCCUUCAGACUGUCUGGGCCUUACUGCUCGCUCGUCAUGGUGCACCAUGCGGGCGUCUCAGAGCUUCAAUGAAGGCCUGCAUUACUGGGAGGUGGCAGUAGGAGGCUGUGAGAGCUGGGCGGUGGGCAUAGCGGAACAAAGCCGGGUUAGAGGCAUCCAAACUCAGGCUGCGAGCCAGGAAAAGAAUUUGUGGAUUCUGGAGUGCGAUGGUGGUGAGCUCUCAGUGCUGCACAACAACGACUUCAGCAGGGUCAAGGAGAACAAUAUUCAAACCCUUGGCGUCUUCCUGGAUUGCAGUAAAGGGCGACUGAAGUUCUACAAUGUCAAUACAGGCAACAUCCUGCACUCAUUUAUUGCCCAGUUCAAGCACGCCGUUUAUCCCACGUUCCGCAUUCGUGCACAGAAAGACAGUGUGGCACGGCUGAAGAUCUGCAACCUGAUGCACCAAGAUGAAGGGCACUACGACAGCGUCAGUACCUCCGUAAUCUCAGAGAUGCCAAUUGAGGAGGCUAUGGAGUUGUCUUCUGAGGGCUCACAUUAGGACAUGAUUUUAAAAAUGUUAACAUGUGUAACAAUGCUAACAUGCAUAUUUAUUUUAACUACUGUCUAUUUAUUAAAAUGCAGUGUUAUGAAGGAAGAGUUAAUGACAUUUAUCAGUAAAUGCUGUUUAUUUGUGUAGACCACUGUACAAAUGUUGCUGUUUUAUUAAAUGUUUGAAUAAUGUCUCAACAGACUAUGGCUCAUUUUCUUGUUUUAUUGGUGUUUAAAGCUCUUUUUAGGAUUUUUCAUCUCCUUUAAAUCUUUAAAAGCUUUAAAUCAAGUGGUACUCUAAGUGCUCCUUGUGUUUUUAGAACAAAUCAAUAUGUGUGUGCGUGUGUGUGUACUGUAUACAGUGGAUUCAGACAGUAUUCAGACCCCUUUACUUGUUACACAUUUUGUGUUGUGGAUUUGAUUUUGAAUGGAUAUAAUUGCUAUUCUUACCCAUCAGUCUACACUUAAUAGCCCAUAAUGAUGAUGUGAAAACAUAUUUUUAGAGAUUUUCAAAAAUUAAUUAACAAUCAGUCUUCCCAGGAGUGCGUGUCUGACCAUUUAAUGCUCAGAGAUAUAAAGAAAAACCCAAAAGCUACAUCAUGUGACCUCCAGAUGUGGAGAUGGCAUGGGGAUCACAUAUGGGGAGCUGUACUGUAAUGGCUUGGGACUGCGAUUGCUGUACCUUCAUAUAGAUUUUAACCAACCGGACUUCUUGCGAAAACUGUGAUGAAUUUACUGGUUGCACAUUUGCACUAUUUGUCCAUAUAGUACACAAUAAUAGAAGGGAUUUAUUUAUAAUUGCACUAUCCGUUGCACCCAGAUGAGGAUUGGUUCCCUUUUGAGUCUGGCUCUCAAGGUUUCUUCCUCAUAUUGUCUCAGGGAGUUUUUCCUUGCCAUCGUCACCUCUGGCUUGCCCAUUAGGGAUAAAUUCACAUGUUUACAAUAUAUUUUUUGAAUACAUUAUUUCUGUAAACUUGCUUUGUGACAAUGUCCAUUGUUAAAAGUACUGUACAAAUAAAAUUGAAUUGAACUGCAUUGAAUAAAUGUUUGUCUUCAUUACAGCACAAUCAGAAAAAGACUGAGUAAGGAUGGUUUUCACAGAAGGGUGGCUAGGAAAAAGCCCCUUCUCUCCAAAUAGAAUAUGAAGGAUGGCUUAGGUUUGCAAAAUUGCAUCUGAACAAACCACAAAUAGUUUCCUUUGGAUUGAUGAAACCAAGGUGGAGAUGUUUGGUUAUCAUGCACAGCGCCAUUUAUGACGAAAAACCAAACACAAUGUAUCACCAUAAACACCUCAGACCGACUGUCAGGCAUGGUGGUGGAGGGGUGAUGAUUUGGGCGUGUUUGCAGCCA